UUUAAUGGGGUUUUAAUGGGUUUUUCUUGCAGCCCUUCGUCUCUGGGGGGGGACAAUCCUCCUGCUGAGAAGAAAUACAAACCCCUCAACACGACCCCAAAUGCAGCCAAGGAGAUCAAAGUCAAGAUCAUCCCACCACAGCCCAUGGAAGGCCUCGGCUUCCUCGACGCCCUCAACUCUGCCCCCAUCCCCGGCAUUAAGAUCAAGAAGAAGAAGAGGGUGCUGUCCCCAACGGCAGCCAAGCCCAGUCCCUUUGAAGGCAAAUCAACCUCCGACUCCAACCCCACUAAACCUUCAUCCCCGGAACCCAACACUGCAUCAGAUACAAUGGAAUCGGACCGACCCGGUACCCCGGUACCAGCCGUGGAGGUACCAGAACCAAUGGAGAUGGGGUCGUCGGAGCAGAGCGAUGGCAAACAGGGCGAUGUGGGGCUGGAUGGGGCCCUGCAGAGCAAGAAGGGGAGGAAGAAGAAGAGCGUGAGCUGGCCUGAAGAGAGCAAGCUGAGGGAGUACUUCUACUUCGAGCUGGAUGAGACCGAGAGGGUGAACGUGAACAAGAUCAAGGACUUUGGCGAGGCGGCCAAGCGUGAGAUGCUGAAGGACCGCGAGGCCUUUGAGACGGCGCGGCGCCUCAGCCACGACGCCAUGGAGGAGAAGGUGCCCUGGGUGUACCCCAAGGUGCUGGACCUGCCUGCGCCACUCGUGGUGCCGGGCAGCGGCAGCAGGGAGAGGUUCACGCAGGCAGAGAGGGAGAAGGGCAUCCUGCAGGAGCUGUUCUUGUCCAAGGAUCGUGUCCCGGACAGCCCCCAUGAACCCGACCCUGAAUCCUAUGAACCUCUACCACCAAAGCUGAUCCCAUUGGAUGAGGUAAGGAGCAGUGCCCCCCCACUCAGUAAAUACCAAUAGGGCCCCCCAUAAUAC